AAUGUACUCAUUGUAUGCAACAGAUCUAAAAUUUACAGAUGGAAAACUUAUAAAUAUUGCCAACAGCAAACACCAUUCGGCGAAAUGUACAGCAAAAUCAGAAUAUGACAAUUAUUGGAAUUGUUUCAAUGCUUUGGAACCUAGGUGGCAAAACUGGAAAGGUUGGGCCUCCAAAUGUGCUUUUGCAGACUGUGCAAAGCAGUGGAUUAAAAUAAUUUUCAAAAAGAGAUAUGAUAUUAUCGAUAUUUGCAUGAAUCAGAGAAACCAUGAUAAUUUUAAGAAGCCUGCAACAACAAAUUUAUAUUUUGAUAAUGGACAAGAAUUAAUAGCUAUAUUAAAUCCACAUACGACUUGUAUCCUACUGCCAGAAACCAUUGGCAAAGCUGUUUUAGCUAUAAGAUUUCAAGCCGGUAAUGAAAACCCCACAAUGAGGAAUAUUGGAUUUAAUUCAAUACUUGUAUUUGCUUAUGAUGAUGAAGUAGUUAAAGAUGAUCUUUUAUACACAAAUGUAGCUUUUCAUAGUUUAGGGGCAACUUGUACGUCAUCCCUGGGAAUAUGCUUAAAUGCAAUUAAUCAACAUCUUAUUAAAGGUUGGGUAGUGACCUGUCCAUUAGUUAAUGGUACUGGACAAUGCCAAGGACAAUACAUAAAUAUAACUUUAGCAUUUCCAACAAAGCCAGAAUUUGGAUGCCUUUCCGUAACGUAA